UUUGGUAGUGUUAAAAAAAAGGGGAGAAAAUAGAGUUGGCUAUGACUAUAUAUGUGUAAUAAGAGAAGCAAAAGCAAGCCUUCCAUGACUGUGCCAUCAAGAAAGUAGCUUUGUUUUCAAUCCCAAACUGUCAAAGUCUCUCUUCACCUCAAGAUUAAUCCCAAACAUUUUUCUCUCUCUCUCUCAUCAAUGUUGCUUUAAAACCAAUGCUCCUCUUCAUGUUCUUCAUAUAAACCACAUAUCCUCUCCUCCACAUCUUAACGAUUUCAUAGCAAACCCUAGAUUUGAGAAAGAGAUAGAGAGAGAAAGAUGGGUAGAGGGAAGAUCGAGAUAAAGAGGAUAGAGAACGCAAACAACAGAGUGGUGACGUUCUCGAAAAGGAGGAAUGGGUUGGUGAAGAAGGCUAAAGAGAUCACAGUUCUUUGUGAUGCAAAAGUUGCUCUCAUAAUCUUUGCAAGUAAUGGUAAGAUGGUUGAUUAUUGUUGUCCUUCCAUGGAUCUUGGUGCUAUGUUGGACCAAUACCAGAAGUUAUCUGGCAAGAAACUAUGGGAUGCUAAGCAUGAGAACCUCAGCAAUGAGAUUGAUAGAAUCAAGAAAGAAAAUGAUAGCUUACAACUGGAGCUCAGGCACUUGAAGGGGGAAGAUAUACAGUCUCUCAACUUGAAAAACCUGAUGGCUGUCGAGCACGCCAUUGAACACGGCCUCGACAAAGUCCGAGACCACCAGAUGGAGUUGCUCAACUCAAAGAGGAGAAAUGACAAGAUGAUUAUGGAGGAGCAUCGGCAACUCACUUUCCAGCUGCAACAACAGGAUAUGGCUAUAGCAAGCAACGCAAGAGGAAUGAUGAUGAGAGAUCAUGAUGGGCAAUUUGGAUAUAGAGUGCAGCCGAUUCAGCCAAAUCUUCAGGAAAAGAUCAUGUCUUUGGUCAUCGAUUGAUCAUGGAGAUCUAGAAUCUCAUCCUCAACUCCUAUCUAUAUCGUGGUAUUUAGUUUGUCUUAUGAAUCUGCAUGUCUUAAUCUCGAGCUACAUGUAUACUCUCUAUCCGACUUUUACUUAAGCUAUAUGUGUGUUGUUUGUUUGCUUUUGACCUAUGUAUUGGUUGUGUUGUGUGUUUAAACGUUUGGAACUAUUUGCAUGUGUGUGAAAUGAAACUAAUUAUUCUGUGUUAAGCUA